UGUUAUGUGUGUGACUAACUUGUCGGUGUUGUACUUGUCAUUCAGACAUCCCAGGAAUUCAACACGACUACGACCCAAGCAGCUCGGCACAACAAGGACUUUUUGGGUUAAAGUCGCGUCCUUGUGGCCGAGAAAGAUCGAAGAAAUAUCUUUUGUUGUCAGAAUAGGAAAGGUGUCGAAGAAAGUGGCAGCUACAGACACUGGUUUUGUCUGUUUCUUUGAGCGGCAUGCUGAUGUGAAGUCAGACAUCAGAGACCCUUGCUACCCUCUGCUGCAACCCUGGACUGAGUAACACCCUUUUCAUCUCCUUCAUCAUCAUCAUACAUGUUCUUACAUGAAGAGAGUGGAGAAACCCGAAAGAUACAGACAGAUGAGGCCCAAAACCUUCCCUGCCAGCAAUUACAGUGGCAACAGUCAGCAAAUGCUGCAGGAAAUAAGGAACAGCCUGCGCAACCUGUCAAAACCCUCCGACCCACCAAAAAUGGACAUAGGUGGAGCUGCAAAAAUGGUCCCUGAAGAACACAGGCAUCAAGGGCGCAGCAGCAGCAACCCCAAAAACCCCUAUCAUAAGAAGGCCUUACAGGAAAUUCGGGAAUCUCUGUUACCUUAUGCCAAUGAAUCCAAUACUUCAGGACCUGAGGUGAACCAACACAUGUCCCUGGAACCCCCGUGUACAGGGUUUGAGGAGCCUCGCAGUGUGGCUAUAGACUACAUGGGUAAGCUGAGCUACCAGGACUCAAUGAGGGACCAAAUGGCUGUUGCCAACCCCAGCACUAUGGGCCUGAAAGCUUCAGGUGCUUCCCAUAUGCAGUCAUCUGUGCUGAGGAGGCCGAGCUGGAAAGGCUCUAAAGAGUCUUUGGCCCCCCGAAUGUAUUGCUCUGACAACACUGGACCAUCUCCUGCCUUCCCACAGGGUCACCCUGCUACCAGCCAGAGGAUCAACCCACCACUGCCACCUCAGGUGCGCAGUGUCACACCUCCACCAAACCGCAGUACCAUGCCUCCUGCAACAUCCUGGGACAACAAUCCAUCAACCAAGCGUUACUCUGGCAACAUGGAUUAUCUUGUGCCCCGCAUUUCUCCAGUACCCCAGGGGGCCUGGCCUGAUGGGUACCCAGCCUCAGCUCCUCAGAAUCAGCAUGGGAUCAGCCCAGUGCCUGUGGGCCACCAGCCCAUCAUAAUGCAAAGCUCUGGGGGGAAUAAGUUCAAUUUCCCCACCAGCUGGUCACAUAAUGGCUCCCCUCAGCCAGACUACAUGGCGGGAGGUGGCAGGCAACCCCCUCCCCCAUACCCAGUCAACCAGAGCAGCCGACACAGUCCCAUUGACCAGCAGAUGCAAGCAGGUGGACCUGCAUCAUCUCCCUCUUAUGUCAAUGGUGGAAACAUCCCUCAGUCUAUGAUGGUUCCCAACCAGAAUAGUCACAAUCUUGACAUGUGUAACAUAGGCCCUCCUCAGUCCUGGUCCCAGCCCCCUCUAGUCCCUAAUCAGUCACAGUCUUCCUCUGGCAAUGGCAGCAACCAGGAUCUGUCCCCAUCAUGGCAGCACAACAUGCCAGUCCGCUCCAACUCCUUCAGCAACUCACAGUUGAACGGCAGACCGACCCACCCAGUAAGCUCCCAGCCCUCUGCCACUACAGUCACUGCCAUCACCCAGGCUCCCAUUUUGCAGCCAGUCAAAAGCAUGCGUGUCCAAAAACCUGAGGUACAAACUGCUGUUGCACCCACACACCCUCCAUGGAUGCAACAGGCUCCGCCGUCUCUGGCUGCACCUGCCUACUCAGAAUCCUCAGCCCCUGUCCCUCAGAUCAGUGUCGUAGCAGAGGCACCCAGCUACCAGGGUCCUCCUCCACCCUACCCUAAGCACCUCAUCCCGCAGGCAUCUGCACCCUGCCCCCCGUCAUACGAUUCAGGGGCCAAUAAGCACAACUCAGGUAGGGAGGAGUCCCCCGAGGAGGAGGUCAAUGGUGGUGAUAGCUCCAGAGACAAGACAGAAAGCCCCAAAAGCACUGCAGCACCAGAGAAGGAGAAGAAGCAGAUUACAACAUCUCCUGUUCCUGUGCGUCGUAAUAAGAAAGACGAAGAGCGGAGGGGGGAGUCUGGAAGAGUUGCGCUGUACUCCCCUCAGGCCUUCAAGUUCUUCAUGGAGCAACAUGUGGAGAACAUUUUAAAGAACCAUCAGCAGCGGAUUCGGAGGAGGAAGCAGCUGGAAAGUGAAAUGCAAAGGGUGGGUCUGUCUCUAGAAGCCCAGGAGCAGAUGCGUAUGAUGCUCUGUCAGAAAGAGUCCAACUACAUCCGGCUAAAGCGGGCCAAGAUGGAUAAGUCCAUGUUCAAACGAAUCAAGACCCUUGGUAUCGGAGCCUUUGGUGAGGUGUGUUUGGCCAGAAAAGAGGAUACAGGAUCAUUGUAUGCAAUGAAAACACUUCGUAAGAAAGAUGUGCUGCUGAGGAACCAGGUGGCCCACGUCAAGGCUGAGAGGGACAUCCUGGCUGAGGCUGACAACGAGUGGGUGGUGCGUCUCUAUUACUCUUUCCAAGACAAGGAUAAUCUGUACUUUGUCAUGGAGUACAUCCCUGGAGGGGACAUGAUGAGCCUUCUCAUUCGGCUCGGCAUCUUCAAAGAAGAGCUGGCUCAGUUUUAUAUCGCAGAGCUCACCUGUGCCGUGGAGAGCGUCCACAAGAUGGGCUUCAUCCACCGGGACAUCAAGCCUGAUAACAUCCUCAUAGACCGAGAUGGACACAUAAAGCUGACAGACUUUGGCCUUUGCACUGGCUUCCGCUGGACGCAUGACUCCAAAUAUUACCAGAGUGGGGACCACAUGAGGCAGGACAGUAUGGACUUCAGUAAGGAAUGGGAGGACCCGGCUAACUGCCGCUGUACAGACCGUCUGAAGCCUCUGGAGAGGAGACAGGCCCGGCAGCACCAGCGCUGUUUGGCUCACUCACUGGUGGGGACACCCAACUACAUAGCACCUGAAGUGCUGCUCCGAACAGGAUACACCCAGCUCUGUGAUUGGUGGAGCGUCGGUGUCAUCUUGUAUGAAAUGGUUGUUGGACAACCUCCCUUCUUAGCAAACACACCCCUGGAGACACAGCUAAAGGUGAUAAACUGGAAGAGCACGCUGCAUAUUCCUCUGCUGGCUAAGCUCAGCCCCGAGGCGUCAGAUCUCAUAGUUAAACUGUGUCGAGGCCCUGAGGACCGCCUUGGUAAGAACGGUGCGGACGAAAUCAAAGCUCAUCCUUUCUUCAAAACAAUCAACUUCUCAAGUGACCUGAGGCAGCAGGUGGCACCGUACAUCCCCACCAUCGCCCACUCCACGGACACCUCCAACUUUGACCCAGUGGACCCAGAUAAACUUUGGAGCAAUGACAGUGAUGGGGGGGACAACCACAACGACACCCUCAAUGGCUGGUUCCGCAAUGGCAAACACCCCGAACAUGCAUUCUACGAGUUCACCUUCCGCCGCUUCUUCGAUGACAACGGCCACCCAUACAGCUGCCCCAAACCCAUUGAGUAUGAGGGCUAUAAUGAGGACGAGGCGGACUCAGAGGGCCCGGGGCAAGAAGCAUGCUCAGCGCCACAGGGCCGAGACCUGGUCUAUGUGUAGCACCUGAGGUCAGCUCAGCUGCCUAAUGAGUUUGUGGCCCGUGUGUGUGUGUGUGUGUGUGUGAGAGAGAAAGCGGUUGCAACGGUACAGCAUUUAAAACCUUGAUCAUAGGAAAAUGAGUUUUUUAUAAAAAAAAAAAAGUUUUUAGGAGCAGUCAGAACACUGCAGCACAAAAUCACAUUAAUCUUUUUUGUUUUGUUUUGAAACAAAAAGAAACUACAAGAAAAGGAAUAGUUUGACAUCUUGAUAAAUGAUCUUAUACCUGUGUAGCGCUUUUUUUUUUUUUUUUUUUUCAUUGCGGCACACUCAGUGCUUUCACACUAUUUGUCCAUUCACACAUUCACACACAGGUAAUAUCACUGGUAGCAACUGGUGGUUCAGUGUCUUGCUCAAGGACACUUCGACAUGUGGACUGGAGAAGCUGGGAACUGAACCGCCAGCUUUCCAGUUAGGAGACAACCCUGCUCUACCUCCUGAGCCACAGCUUCCCCAAAGCUUUGGGAAAGCUUUACAUAAGAAGCCACUGCCACACAUAUUUAUACAGUAAAUUUGAAGGCACAGCCAGCAGCAGGUUAGCUUAGCUUCACAUAAAGAUUUGAAAAGGGGAAACGGCUUCCCUGGCAUCCAAAUGUAACAAAAUCUCCAAUGCUCAAGUUAAUUAAUGCAUUACAGCUGGGUCUCCAACUAAGAAUUAUUUUCCUUUCAGAUUAAUUGUUUUGUAUAUAUAAUAUCACAAAAUACUGGGUUUCCCUGCCAUAGAAAGGUUAGGGGCAGCACCUAAGUGUUUUUGCAGAGCACCUUAAGCUGAAUGAACAUAAAAAGUCCUUUAGGAGACGUCAGAAUGAAUGUAUGCUAAAAAAUUAUGUGUGCUGAAAAAAAAACUUUCAUGGCAACACGAUGCUUCUGCUGUGCCCCCUGGUGGUCCCCGAAGGCAUAGCAAGUAGUCCCUGACCAUGUGUUCAGUAAUGUAGUUUCACUGUAGGGUUUAUAAAAAAAAUAAAUUGUUGCAUGAGAAUAAUCAAAAUCAUUUAAAUUUAUAACACUUAUAAAGGUCAAGGAUUAAAAUAGAUUUCAGGAUUAAAAUAGUGCCCACCCGGUCUAUCCACCCCACAAUUGUCCUCAGGCUACUUCUUAGUGAGAAUAGUGGCCCCUGGGUCACAACUUGUUGAAAAUCACCAUAGAACAGUAAUUAUUUUAAUUUGGGUUUACUAUCAGGUUUGUUGAACAGUUAAGCUUUGUAUUGAAGAAACAGUCUGGCACAUAACUCCUCUUAAAACUCAAACUUUUCAUUUUUAUUCUGUGGUCUAUGUAUGGAUCAGACAAAAUACAACAUGUUACUGAGUUUUAGAGGUGCUGAGGUGCUGGCAGACAGAUUUAUCUUUAGACCGUACCAGGCUAGUUGUUUCACCUUGUUUCUAGUGUUUAUGCUAAGCUAAGCUAAGCAGCUGCUGGCAGUAGCUUCAUACUUACAGACACAAGAGUGGUAUCGAUCUUUUCAUCUAACCUUUGGCAGGGAAUGGAAUAGGCGUUUCCCAAAAUGUUGAACAUUUCCUUUAAUGUGUGGAGGGUACACUGUAUGAUGUAUGCUGCCUGAAAAACCUCCAGAAGAACAGAAAGCAGAAAAACAUCAGGGUCCUCUCUUUGAUGACUUAUUGCAAAGCCCCUCAAAACCUUAAUUUAUUUAAGAAAAUUGUAACUGGUGAUGCUAGUGUACAUGUUGCUUGAGUGUGGGAAUUCUUGUUGGAAUUGCAUUUAUUGGUUAAAAAACAUCUUAAUUUAUAUUUUAAUAUCUUAUGCAGUGGGCGGGAGGGUAGUGUUGUGACUCAGAAAUUUGCAGGGAUAAAAUAUUCUAAUUAUUCAUUUCUGUGCCUUUUUGAUCUUUUCUGUUGUCUUUCACCAAAUAUAAAGAGGGUUAAUAAUCAGACUGGCAUUUUAAAAUUUGAGUAGCAGUAGUGUGAUUGAACUACAGUAGAUUUGUUUUAUUUUUCUAAUUUAUACCUAAAAUGUAUUUAUAAAUUAAGUUGUACACAGUUGAUGUAAAUAUUUUCUCUUCCCUGUCAGCUGAUUUUUUUUUUCCUACCCCAUUAGGGCAGGACCUCUCAGAGUGCACCACUGCUGCCUUUUGUGUACUUUUUGUUUCUUGUGUACCCAACAACAUUAAUUCACAGGAUUCCAAAUUGAUGUGACACCUUUCAUUUAACUUACUUAUUGCCAUUCAGACUUAAUGCUUGUCUCUCAACCAAAGCACUAAAGAGGUGGGUUUGACCUUUUCUUUUUAAAAUAACCCACGUUUAGAAAAUAGCAAUCACAACAUAUUGUGAUUGUGUAUCAAUAUGGUGAUAUCACACUAUCUAUCAGCCAGAAACGCCUUGCUUGUCUGGUUCAUCUUACACUAAAGUAAUGUGUGUAAGGACCUGGGGAACUUUUAAACCCAGCUUCUUAAAAGUAAUUUCCUUACUUCUUGUCAACAGCCAACUGUUGUGUGUUGAGUUUUUGUGCAUCAGUACUGACAACAAAAAAGGAAAACUGGAUUGCGGAUUGAUAGACUGACAUGGGAGAGGACUGCUCUCUAUCACAUAUCAUGAGGAUGAUUUUGUAACCCACUGUAUCUUUGUUUUUGUUUAGAAAAGAUUACUGAAUGUAGUUAUUAUGGACUUAAUGGUGACCACUGGCAUUCUGCACUGGUUUUGUGUUUUCAUUGUAAGUGAGAGAAUUUUAUUUUUGUGUACAUUAUUGUUUCUGGGACGUUUUGGUACAGGGAAGAGGGUGAUAAAUAAAGAAUGUCAAGAGCAAAA